GUGACACAUGUCUGCAUGUGGCAGCUCGCUACAACCAUGUGGCCGUGGUCCAGGUCCUUCUCAGAACCUUCUGCUCAGUCUCUGAGAAGAACAUGGCUGGGGACACUCCACUUCAUGUGGCAGCCUCCCUGAAUCAUAAGAAGACGGUACGUCUGCUGCUGGAAGCUGGAGCAGACACUCUUAUCUGCAACAAUGCAGGUCAGACGGCUUUGGACCAGGCCAGAGAUCACAACAAUGCAGAGGUGGCUCUUCUUCUCACCAAAGCUCUCCAGACAUUUGUUCGUGGCAGGAAUAUGAGGAAGAGGAGAGAGAAGCUGAAAGCAGAGGGCAGAGCUCAGUCAGUGCCAAGAGAAGACGUCCUACUCUGUAAGGACAGUGUGUCGGCUGCAGAGAACAGCCAAAGCAGCGACUCUGCUCAGUCUAACACCAGGAAGGUGAAGAACAGGCGGCAGAGAACAAAGCCCCCUUUGUCCAAACCUCGUCGUCGCAGGGAGACCAAGACAAGUAAAGUACGGGGGUCCUUCCCUUAUUCAGCCAUACCCCCUCACAACUAUAAAGCUUAUCAGCUCUACACGCUCUACAGAGGAGAAGACGGCAAGAUCAUGCAGGUGUGUCUUGUUGAUGAGCUAAAGAGCUGGUGUCUGUCUAAACUGGAGAACAUGGAGGACCACUGCAUCGAAGACCUCAGCACCAUGAAGCUGCAGCGAUCCUCCUCUGUAGCUGAAGGUCGAAAAAUAGCUGCUAAGGCUGAACACACCAUGCUGCCUUCUGAACAGGAGUGCAGCCCUGAGGCUACUCAGCUCCACAGCUGUGGGGGUUCCAACAUGGCAGACGACAGAAUCUCCAACCACUACUUUGUGGUUCAUUUGGACAGCUCCCCAGAUGGUGAUACGACGCACAAAGCAGAGACCACAGCACCGGCAGCAUCAGCCCAGGUGGUUCGACCAAAGGAGCGCCCAGUGAUCUCUGCAGCCACGCAGAGGAAGAACCAGGACCUGCAGGACCUGGACUCGGUAAAGUUGGAGGUCAGCAGCAGACAGAAGCACAGAGCGAGCACCCCGCCUGCGAGCACAGAACGCCUCUGUAGCAGCAGAGAUGGCAAGCGUGGCCAUGUCAGCAGGAAGCACUCCAAGAAGCAUCCCCAAGGCAGGACUAAGUCCAGAGAGGCAGCAGGGGUCAGGACUCCAGAAGGUUUUGGAAAUCAGCCUGGUGGGGCAACCUUUGCUCAGGAAAGGGACAAUAUGCACGCCAUGGAGGUGACCCAGUGCUUCUUUGAGGCGGUGCUGACACAGAUAGAGCGCUGGUAUGAGCAGAAGGUGCAGGAGGCUCAGCAGCAGGCCGAGCAGAGGGCUCAGGCUGACAGAGCUGCUCUGAUGGAAAGGAUUUCCUGUCUGGAGGAUGAACUGCACCUAUUGAGGACUACCCAGUAGGACUAACACAUUUCUUCUGUUACUGCAAAAAUAAAACAACACCUAACUAAUGGUAGGGUUAGUUUAACUCUAUGUUGAAAAGACACAAACACAUAAAUGAGAAAGCUAAUCAGGAUGGUGGCUGCUUCCAGUUUUCAUUUACAACCAUGUUUUGUUUGUUGUCAUAGUAACACCCACCUGACAUAUUAAUGUGUAGUUCUUUAGAUGAAGAAUAAUUGUUGUGUAAAGUGUUUGAUAAAGCCCAAAGUAUAAAAAGUCCUCAAAUGUGUC